AUGUUGCGACUCCUCUCCCUCGCAGCGCCCGCUCUCGCAAGCGCAGCAGCAACACCACCAUUCUGCCGUUCAACACCCUCAGAUGCAUCCUGGCCCACGCCAUCCGAAUGGUCGACUCUCAACGAUACAAUUAGCGGGACGUUGAUACGCACCGUACCCGUUGCAUCGUCCUGCUGGCCCGGCACUAACGGCACCUUCGACUCUCCCUUGUCCUGCCAGGAAGUCAACGACAACUGGUCGAACGGAACCUGGCAUUCGCAGCAGCCAGAAUCGAUUGACUACCAGUUGUAUGCAAAUAACUCUUGUCUGCCAGAUGAGGUGGGGAGUUAUUCGAAGGCGCAGGGCUGCAAGAUAGGUGCGCUGCCGCAGUACAUUGUCAAUACGACACAGGAGGCGGACGUGGCUGUUGCGAUGAAGUGGGCUGCUGAUCGCAAUAUACGGAUUGUGGUCAAGGGGACAGGUCAUGAUCUGAACGGACGAUCAAGCGGUGCCUUCUCACUAUCCAUCUGGACGCGCAACUUCCGCAAUUUAACCCGCGACGCCACCUGGAAACCCGCUAACAGCUCUUUCCCAGCAGAAGACGUCUUCAUCGUGGGCAGCGGCCAGCAAUGGGGCAACGUCCUCAAGUUCGCGACAAGCCAAGGCCGCAUCGUGACAACUGGCCAGGACCCCAGUGUCGGGUUAGGCGGCUACAUCCAAGGCGGAGGCCAUGGUCCACUGGCAUCCACCUACGGUCUCGCAUCUUAG